AGAAGACAAUCCCCGAAGACAUGGAUUUGUUGGGAUCCAUAUUGGGAUCGAUGCAAAAGCCGCCGAAGACUACGACCACUGAACAGCAACAGAGGGCUAAAAAAGAGACCGAAAAGAUGGAGAAAAUGCGGAAACAAGAGAAACAAGAAAUGAUGACAUUUAGGAAAACUAUUGAGGAUAAGAUUAACAAAUUCAUGGCAAGCGAUUCGGAGCCUAAAUUGGAUUUUGGAUUAAUGGACAAAAUGCACAGAAGUAUAAUACACGACGUUUCGGACAUCGCGGGUCUCAACGCCUACUCGUUUGGUCUCGAAGACGUGGACAGACAUACCGUUGUCUACAAGAAAGAGUUCACUCCUUCUGAGGACGAGUUGAAUGCUUUGAAGAAAGGGGAGGAAUACGACCCGAAGAAAGCGGAACUUUUAAAACAAAUGGAAUUGGAAGAACAGAACCGAAAGGUCGUCAAAGACAAAGAUAUCGUUCCGAACAAAGAUUUUAGGGAUAAAUACGAGAAAUUGAUUGGUUUGGACGCCGGCAAGAGUGCCGCUCAGGUGACCACUCCUAACAAACAGUUUGGAUUUGUUCCGAGUGCUAACAAAAGAGAUCAGAGAUCUAUUGAACAAAUAUUGGCCGACAAUAAGAAGAAGAAAUUGAAAGCAGAAGAAAAUUAG